AUGCAUGACACAACAAAGGAAAGUCUAUGUGAACUUCAUAAUUUAAAUAUUGAAACAUCAACUUGGGAUCCAAUUUUAGUUCACAUACUACUAAAAAAGUUGGAUAAAAAUACACAUUGCAGUUUUGAACAAACUCUUACUAACCCAAGGGAGAUGCUCACAAUAAAACGAUUCUUAGAAUUUUUAGAAUUGAAAUUUCAAUCACUUGAGCCUAUAGGUCUAGGAGACAAUGCAGUAUAUAAACCCAACAAAAGGAUAGCCGUAACUAUGGUUUGUUCAGAUCUAUGUAAAGUUUGUAAUACAGAUAAACAUCCGAUCUACUAUUGCAAAAAAUUCAUUGAAAUGACUCCUCCUGAACGAUUAAAUUGGAUUCAACGACAAAAACUAUGUGUGAAUGGUUUCAAAUCCGAUCAUAAAGCAAAGGUUUGUGAAGCUGGAUCAUGUAAAAAAUGUGCCAAGAAGCAUAACACUUUGCUUCAUUUAGAGCAACAGUCACCUAAACCUUCAAGGGCACCAGCAACAAACACAAAGUCAACCACAACAUUGAUCAACGCUAAUGAAUCGCCAUCCAUAACAGCAACAACUAAUGCAAAGGGUACUCGUAAUUACGUUCUGCUAGCCACUGCAAAGGUGCGCAUUAUUGCAAACAAUGGACGAACGUGUGAUGUUCGUGCCAUACUCGACUCAGGUUCUCAAGUGAACCUAGUAACCCAAAGAGUAAUCAACAAGUUAUCUUUAAUUACCACAAAUUCAAAUCUAUCGAUCGAAGGUAUUGGCCGUCAAUUCGGGAACUCAAAAUCUCGCGUAAAUGUUGAACUGCAGACUACUAAUGGAAGCUUCAGGACGAGACUAGAGGCAUUUGUAUUGCCACAAAUAAUAUCAGCACAACCGUCACGAGACCUAGAUAUCUCGGAUUGGCAGAUCCCACAGAAUGUAGAAUUAGCAGACCCCAGCUUUAACAGAUCUGGAAGAAUUGACAUGCUGAUUGGUGCUGAAUUCUAUCAUACUCUACUUCAACCAGAACAAUUGAUAAUAGGAAAGAAUUCGCCACUGUUACAAAAUUCGGUUCUAGGUUGGUAA